AUGCCAUACAAUUUAGCUGAGCUCGCAAAUCUUUUCCGAUGGCCGCUACAGACGGGCAUCCAUCCCCGUAACGCCCCUGCUCACAUGACGAGACGAACCUUUAUGUUCCAACUUCUUUCCCAGCAAGACACCACCUCGUUUUUCUACGGUGAUAUGGGAUGCUUCAUCGCUAUCUGCAGAACCUGGUCGCGCAUGACCCACCACGAGGCACCAUCUCUACCCCUCUCACGGCUUUGUUCGGAGGCUCUUCCAGUGGUGGAGUUCAGUUACGGAGCUGCCGGAGAUCGUCUAUGGGGUCCACUUUGUGAGGAGUUCCAUCUCCAUGACCAGGAAAGUGAAUGCUGUGCGCCUGAACCCUUGGCCAAGCUUGCUGCCUGUUGCGGUCGACCACCGCGUGUAUUGGACUCUGUAGGAACCCACACCUGCGCUGCAGGCAGGAUCAUCCUACUCGGGGGAAAAAGAGCAAAGGAGACAAGACAUACGGACAAGGUGACAAAACCAAGCCCUAAUUUCCCUCUGGAUGAAGAUGGACUUCUGGGGUAA